GGUACCCUAGCAACCUCCCAGCUGCCUUCGGCAGCAGUUCUGCCCUGUGCAUCUGCGCUCCUGGGCUCUUCAGGUGCCAGCGUGGUUCAGGUGUUUUCUGACGUUAUGAGAGAGAGUGGAGAGGGCCGCUCGUGAGGGAAGAGAGCCCAGACACAACUGGACCUUCUUCCCUGGCUUCCUUGACUGACGUUUCUUGGGACCUUUCUUUCCACAUCAGAACCUGGCAGACGAAGCUUGGAAUUACCUGUCCCAGAGCAAGAGUCCAUGGAGCUGGGCCGCCAAAUAGGUACAACCUCUAUGGCCAGGGCCCAUCUGAACAGCAAGGAAAGCCAGCAGGACACGGACUCCUGGAGAACUGCCCUUAGCCCUUUGGACACCCCCAAGUUCAAGUACCAGGCCCCCGUCUCCCCACAGGAGACCCUGUACCGGGGAUGCAGCCCCCUAAGGCAGCCCCACUCUGAGGAGGUCCAGCCCACACCCUCAACGGCCAUCAGUAGGGGUUCUCUGUCCUCGGGGAAGGACUCACAGUGUGGGUCCCUGAAGAACGGAGGCUACAGACCCUCCUCGAGGGAGAGCAGGGCUUCUAUCCAAGAGGAGGCUCAGCUGUGCCAGGGACCAAAGGAAGGUCCCAACAUAGGAGCCCGGGACCAGAAGAGCAGCGUCAUUCCCAACAACAUUCGUCACAAGUUUGGGAGCAAGAUGGUGGACGAGCUGAUCUCUGAGGAGCAGGCUCAAAGGGCCAUCGACGAAGCCUCUGAGGGCCAGAAGAGUGCCAACUCGGGGUCCAGCAGGACCCAGAAACCCAUGGAAAUGAACUCCAUCUUCUCAGAGUACUACAAUCUGGGCUACAACACGCGGUCAAACUUGUUUCAAGGGGCCCCCGAGGAGACGACGAGCCUUAUGAAGGCCUCCUACACCCCAGAGGUGAUUGAGAGAUCUGUGAGGGAUUUAGAGCACUGGCAUGGCAGGAAGACGGAUGAUCUGGGAAGGUGGCACCAGAAAAAUGCUAUGAAUGUGAACUUACAGAAAGCAUUGGAUGAGAAAUACGGAGAGAAGCGCAAAAGCAGGGGCUCCAAGUACUAGAUACGACUGAGAAGAGGUGCCCUCCACUCUGAGAAGUCGUUAACAAUAAAGAAAGACACACAUCUGAA